CGGCGGCCGGGGCCGGCGCGGGUGCCGCGGUUGCCGCGCACCGGUUUUUCUGCCACUUUUGCAAGGGCGAGGUCAGCCCCAAACUACCGAUCCUCCCCUCCCCCAUCCUCACUGAAGCAAAAUAGCGGAUUGCUGAGGAUUGUCCUUAUUCGGUGUCUCUAGGGAAGAAAGGAGAAAGAAAGCACGGAAAGAAAGAGAGGGUUGGAAGGAAUAUAUUUGUCCCAGAUGUGAAUCAGGCUUUAUUGAAGAAAUGACAGAUGAUUCCAGAAUAUAAAGUUGAAGGUCCCUUCCACAACCAGGAAAAACUACACAUUUUACAUUUUUUAGGUGGUGGCAGCAGCACAUCAACACAUUUUGCAGAGUUCUGGGACCAUUUGGACCCCACGAUGUUUUUCCAAGAUUUUAGACCCUUUCUAAGUAGCAGUCUACUGGACCAAGAUAAUAGAGCCAAUGAGAGGGGUCACCAAACUCACACUGACUUCUGGGGACCAAGUCGGCCUCCACGGCUGUCAGUGACUCAAAGAUACAGAUCUCGAGGAAGUACUCGUCCUGAUAGAUCCCCUGCUUUUGAAAGAGUACUACAGCAGAUCAUUGCAGGAUUCAUUCCUGGAUCCCCAUUUUCUUGGAGCGGGAUGCUGCACUCCAACCCUGGGGACUAUGCCUGGGGUCAGACAGGGCUUGAUGCCAUUGUAACUCAGCUUUUAGGACAACUGGAAAACACAGGGCCUCCCCCAGCUGACAAGGAAAAGAUCACAUCUCUUCCAACAGUGACAGUAACUCAGGAACAAGUUGAUAAGGGUUUAGAAUGUCCAGUAUGCAAAGAGGAUUACACAGUUGAGGAGGAAGUCCGGCAGUUACCCUGCAACCACUUCUUUCACAGCAGUUGUAUUGUGCCGUGGUUAGAACUGCACGACGCAUGUCCUGUAUGUAGGAAGAGCUUAAAUGGUGAGGACUCUACUCAGCAAACCCAGACCUCUGGGCCCUCUGCAAGCAACAGAUUUAGCAGUGACAGCCAGCUACAUGACCGAUGGACUUUCUGAAACUAAAGACCGCCUCUGAGCCAGGGCUAUAGUAGACCUCUUAUCACAGCUGUUAAUUGUAUCAAAACAAAAAAAUCGUAGGUGAAUUUAGGAAUCACCUAAGAAACCCCAACCCAUAAUAUUCAUUCAUUGAGUGUUUUUCUUCUCUAAAUUUAAAGUUAGUAUCUACAGAUGGAAUUGUAUCUACAACCAAAUGCCUCUCAUUCUUGAAUUCAGAGUGAUAAUUCUGUAAGUGCGAAACUUAAUUAUGUGGGUUUCCCCUGCCAGAAUAGAAUCAGUUCCUUAAAGUCUAGUUAGGGUCCUGCUGUCUGUCAUGUUACCUUGUGAUGGAUGUUUCCACCUCUUUCUCCAACCUCCACCCUAUCAUUAGUGUACUUUACACUAAAUACAGUGGAACCAGAGCCCUAAAGUCCUGCUGAUAUAAAGUCCUUCUGUUUUAAUUGUACAAAAGCAUCUACUUCUGGCCACAUUAGCCACGAAGUAAGAUCAGAUUAAUUCAAGAAUCUGAGACUAAUGAUUCUUGUUUUUUUCUUAAAUCUUCAGAGAGCAAAUCAAAGAAAAAUUACAGUGGGAAGGAGAAAGUGGCUUAUCAUUGUUAAAAUCUUUGGUUUUCUCAUUUUUAUUUUUAAAGACUACUUCACAAGAUGCAGCUUCUGCAGAAACCAACCUGACAUGUCUUAGGAGUCUUAUGUUGGGAGGAAUCUGAUUCUGGUUCCUUUUUGGGAAUGGGUUGGGCAGCAUACAGGCACAGAAAGACAGAUGUUUGAAAUUUUCGGUUCUGAGGUUUUUUAGUGAUCCCCAACUCAUUGUUUAUCCUGGGGAUCUUAAAAUAAUUUCCCUCACAGAAAUAGAAUUACUUCAUUACUGCUUCUACAGCUAAGUCAUUGUUUUUUGUAAUUCAGUGGUCUUCAGGAAUUGAGAUUUUAUGUUGUCCCAUUUUAAUUUUUUAAGCCCAUUUAUCAUCUCUGAAACCUUUCUGUUUGCUUGGUUCUGGCUGUACUUGGAGUCAUACUGAUUAUUGUGAUCAUGCCCAAACAACUUGGCCUAGGAGAGGUAGGCCUUCUUUUUUCAGCCUAACAGUGUCCCAUGCACAUGCACAUGCUCUUUGGCGCAUUUAAGUGUUUAAAGUUGAAUAAAUGAAGAAGAUUAAGAA